GGACCUGGGCUAUAUGAGGAGGAGGUAGUGCUAGCCCCAGCUGCAGACUCUUUGAGGCUCCAGUCCAGGGUAGCACUAUAACGGUUUUCUGGGUUCGCAGCUCCUUCACAGUCAGUCAGUCAGUAUGUCUUUCUACAGUGUGCGCACAAGCAACUACCCAGGGAGCUUCACCGGCAGCUCCAUUGUCAGCCAGCGGCAGUCAGGCAUGGUCUCCUCAGUUCCCAAGGCCUUCAGCGUUUAUGGGGGAACAGCGAAAGGAGGAACCCGCAUCUCAUCCUCCUCAAUCCGCACCGUCUCCUCUGGCUAUGGGGGUGGUCUUAGUGGUGGCUACGGUGGGGGCUUCAACCUGGCCAGUGCCGUGGAUGCAGACACAGUGCACCUGAAUGAGAAAGCCACCAUGCAGAAUCUCAAUGACCGGCUGGCCAGCUACCUGGACAAGGUGCGCUCCUUGGAGGCAGCCAACUCCAAACUUGAGCUUCAGAUCCGUGAAUUUUAUGAAAAGAAGGGCCCGGCCGCCUCUCGCGACUACAGCGCCUACUGGGACAUCAUCAAUGACCUGAAGGACAAGAUCAAUGCUGCAACCAUCGACAACGCCAAUAUCCUACUCCAGAUUGACAACUCUAAACUGGCUGCAGAUGACUUCAGGACCAAGUACGAGCAUGAGCUCAUGAUGCGCCAGUCAGUAGAGGCUGACAUUGCCAACUUGCGGCGCCUGCUUGACCAGACGACGCUAACCAAGGCUGACCUGGAGAUGCAGAUCGAGGGGCUGCAGGAUGAGCUGGCCUUCCUGAAGAAGAACCAUGAGGAGGAGCUGGCAGCCUUGCGCUCACAGCUGACCGGUACAGUCAACGUAGAGGUGGAUGCUGCACCCCAGCAGGACCUCAACAAAGUGCUGGAGGAGAUUCGCUCCCAGUAUGAGGCCAUCACUGAAAAGCACCGCCGUGACCAAGAAGCCUGGUUCAACGACAAGUCAGCAGCCCUGAACAAGGAGGUUGCCGUCAGCACAGAGACCAUCCAGACUACCAAAACAGAGAUCACAGACUUGAGACGUACCCUACAGGGACUGGAGAUUGAGCUGCAGUCCCAGCUCAGCAUGAAAGCCGCCCUGGAGAACACACUGGCAGACACAGAAGCCCGCUACAGUGCUAUGCUGGCUGGCUAUCAAAAUCAGAUCAACAUGUUGGAGUCAGAGCUGGCACAGGUGAGGGCCAGCAUAGAGCAGCAGGGCCGGGACUACAAGAUGCUUCUGGAUAUCAAGAGCCGGCUGGAACAGGAGAUUGCCACCUACCGCGGCCUCCUGGAGAAAGAGGAGAGCAGGACUCCAGGCACAGGAGGUGGAACAACUACAGUCACCACAACCACAGUUCGCUCUGUCAGCUAGAAUGAGCUCCUGAAACUAGGACAACAGAAGACCUUUUCAGAAGCACACCAUCCCCCCCACCCCCAUCUGCUGCCCUAUCUUACGGAGACAGCUGCCAUUCCAACUGCAGUCUCUCUACAUCAGCUCGGCUUUGCAAACAUUACAUCUUUUCCUGUCAUGUCAUCUUCCCACAGUGUCAAUGUUGAAUGUCUGCCAACCAGAGGAAGCCGUGUUCAUAGUCCUGUACUUUAAUAACCAAUCAUUAAGAUGGGUAUAGUCUAACAUUGAGUUCCUAAUCAGUGGAAAAUGGCAAUAAAACAACAUUUGAAAGAUGACACUUAAGGUGAAUAAAGGAUUAGGUGAAGGUAAAAGGCUACACGAAAAAAUAACUGUGCUGUUCUGCUCUAACAAAAUGCAAAAUCCCUGUUUCUGAAAAUA